CAACCGGGUCCUGCGUUAAGGUCCGGCUGGUUGGGGCUCAUCUGUGGGGCGGGAUGGACUGGUUGCCCUACCCAAUCCCCUGCAGUUGGCAGGAGUGUGAGGCGGAGUGAUGCACGCCCCGGCGCCCAGCAGCGUUCUAGUUGUCAGAGACAUCGUUUCGGACUCUGCUGCGGGUGCCUGCAUUCUCCAGUCGGGAGUCCCUUUCCCAAGAUUGGAACUGCGCUGUGCGGCCAGCGGGAGGUCCCCGAGGACGGAGUCUAAAGGUCAAAUCUUACCUGUCAGUGCUGUGUGACAGCAUCGCAACGGCACCUGCAAAACCUGAACUAGAUCCGUAAUGCCUCCUGCCUGGCUCUUUCAAGAUGGAGGACAAACCUACAGGAGAACCUGCACAAGGGGUGUCUAAAUUCAAAAUUUCCACGAAGGUAGAAAGCACAGGACACUGGCUGGUGGAAGAUCAAGCUCGGAUAUGGGAAGUUUUAAAGACAGAAGAGGUUGAAGGGGACCAGUUGCCUCCAGGACACACAGUCAGUCAGUAUGAGACCUGUAAGAUCAGGACCAUCAAAGCUGGCACCUUGGAGAAACUUGUGGAGAACCUGCUGACUGCUUUUGGGGACAAUGACUUCACCUAUAUCAGCAUCUUCCUGUCAACAUACAGAGGCUUUGCCUCUACUAAAGAAGUGCUGGAGCUGCUACUGGACAGGUAUGGAAACUUGACAAGCCCAAACUGUGAAGAGGAUGGAAGCCAGAGUUCUUCAGAGUCCAAGACAGUGAUCAGAAAUGCGAUCGCCUCCAUCCUGAGGGCCUGGCUUGACCAAUGUGCUGAGGACUUCCGGGAGCCCCCGAAUUUCCCUUGUUUACAGAAACUGCUGGAUUAUCUCAAACGGACAAUGCCCGGCUCUGACCCUGAGAGAAGAGCACACAAUCUCCUCGAGCAGUUUCACAAACAAGAAAUAGAUGCUGACAAUGGGUUUCCCAACACCCUGUCCUUCAGCCUGGAAGAGGAAGAGGAACUGGAGGGUGGAGGGGCCGCAGAAUUCACGUGCUUUGCUGAAGACCUCGUGGCAGAACAGCUGACCUACAUGGAUGCGCAAUUAUUCAAGAAAGUCGUGCCUCACCACUGCCUGGGCUGCAUUUGGUCCCGGAGGGAUAAGAAGGAAAACAAACACUUGGCCCCCACCAUCCGUGCCACCAUUUCGCAGUUUAAUGCUCUCACCAAAUGCGUUGUCAGCACUAUCCUGGGGGGCAAAGAGCUCAAGACUCAGCAGAGAGCCAGAAUCAUCGAGAAGUGGAUUAACAUCGCACACGAAUGUAGAAUCCUGAAGAAUUUUUCCUCCUUGAGGGCCAUUGUUUCGGCAUUGCAGUCCAAUUCCAUCUACCGGUUGAAAAAGACUUGGGCUGCUGUCCCAAAGGACCGGAUGCUGAUGUUUGAAGAACUUUCUGAUAUCUUCUCAGACCACAAUAACCAUUUGACCAGUCGGGAACUACUGAUGAAGGAAGGAACCUCAAAAUUUGCAAACCUCGACAGUAGCGUGAAAGAAAACCAGAAGCGGACUCAGAGGCGGCUUCAACUCCAGAAGGACAUGGGGGUGAUGCAGGGAACUGUGCCCUACCUGGGUACCUUCCUGACCGACCUGACCAUGCUGGACACUGCUCUCCAGGACCAUAUUGAGGGUGGGCUGAUCAACUUUGAAAAAAGGAGAAGGGAAUUUGAAGUGAUUGCCCAAAUAAAGCUCUUACAGUCUGCCUGCAACAGCUAUUGCAUGACCCCAGACCCGAAGUUCAUCCAGUGGUUCCAGAGACAGCAGCUCCUGACAGAGGAGGAGAGCUAUGCUCUCUCCUGUGAGAUCGAAGCUGCUGCAGACGCCAGUGCCACCUCACCCAAACCUCGGAAGAGCAUGGUGAAGAGGCUCAGCCUACUAUUUCUGGGCUCGGACAUUAUCACCAGUAGCACUCCCAGCAAAGAGCAACCCAAGUCCACUGCCAGUGGGAGCUCUGGUGAAAGCAUGGACUCCGUCAGUGUGUCCUCCUGUGAGUCCAACCACUCCGAGGCUGAGGAGGGCUCCAUCACUCCCAUGGACACACCCGAUGAUCCUCAAAAGAAGCUCUCCGAGUCGUCGUCCUCCUGUUCCUCUAUCCAUUCCAUGGACACGGCCUCCUCAGGGAUGUCAUCCUUAAUCAACCCUCUAUCCUCCCCUCCGCCCUGCAACUCCAAUCCUAAGAUCCACAAGCGCUCUGUCUCCGUGACAUCCAUUACCUCGGCUGUGCAGCCUCCCGCUUACAACCAACAGAAUGAAGACACCUGCAUCAUCCGCAUCAGUAUCGAGGACAAUAAUGGCAACAUGUACAAGAGCAUCAUGUUGACUAGCCAGGAUAAAACUCCUGCUGUGAUCCAGAGAGCAAUGCUGAAGCACAACCUGGACUCUGACCCAGCUGAAGAGUACGAGCUGGUGCAGGUCAUCUCAGAGGACAAAGAGCUUGUGAUCCCAGAUUCAGCAAAUGUCUUUUAUGCCAUGAACAGCCAAGUGAACUUUGACUUCAUCUUACGCAAAAAGAACUCCAUGGAAGAGCAAGUGAAAAUACGUAGCCGGACCAGUUUGACCUUGCCCAGGACAGCUAAACGGGGCUGCUGGAGCAACAGACACAGUAAAAUCACCCUCUGAAGGGAAGGACCAUGACCCCUCGCUCGCCAAAGGCCAAGAGUGGCUGAGCACAGGCCAUGGUGACUGCAACCGCCAUCCAGUGUUAGAGAUCUUUGUGAGGUCAAACAAGUGUUUAUUGAGCACCUUCAGUGUGCAAGACAUGUGCAAGGGAAUCAGAAGUGAAUUUGACAUGGAAAGGAUGAACAAUUCACUGAUCUCCUUGACCUACUCCAGACUGAAAUGCAAAAUUAUACACACUUAUAAAUAUAUAUAUAUAUAUAUAUAUAUAUGUACACGUAUUUGGUAUGUACGUGUACAUAUAUAAAUAUGUGAGGGACGUAUGGGAUAUUCUGGACUAUGGAAAAACAAAUUUGCACAAUGGCCUGGGAAGUUGUGGUCACUUUUUACAGGGAAAUAGAAGGAACUGUGAACCUAGUCCCAUACUUUCCCAGUAAAUGGAAUCAAUCCUAGGAAUACAGAGUGUCCUUUGGGCCAGUAUUACAAGAAGUCCAAACUAUUUUUUAUAAAAGGAGAUUACUUUCUCAAUCAAGUGCCACCAGAAGAAACAACUGCAGAGUCUGGAAUUGCCCGGGCUGGAUGAAAAGCCUCUUCGGAAAGGGCUUGGAUGAGCCCGUGGCCUUCGGCUCUGCUGUGUCCACAGCUCUCUGCUCCCCCUGAGAGGACAAAGAGGAACUUCGGGGGCCUCUGACCCACUGGGCCGACUGUCCUAACCCUUUUGGAACGAUCCUAAGCCCAUCUCAGUUUCCUGCAACAGCAUCGCGCCUCUGUCCCUCCCCCGCCCCCAGAUCCCCCACCCCUCACGAGGCAUAGCAACAUCAUUAUUGCACAAACAGCCAUGGUCCUUGGUAACUUAUCAGCCAGAAGAGAAGGCACAGAAGAACGUUGACACAUUUGGACUCUUACUGUCUCAGAUGCCACGACUUCAUUGCCUUUGCCAGUUGCCUUUUGCAUGUAAAACUAUAUGUCUGGAGUCUUUUGCCCAUCUGGACGGUAAUACCUCUAUAUUAUGUGCAAUUUGUUCCUCAGGUGUCGAAACUCUUACUUUGAUGGACUGUAUGUGAUCAUUUUGAGCCUGUGAAAGAUUUCUGAACAGUGGUUGCUCUUUUAAUAACCCGUGGGAAGAUGCUAUCUGCUGAUAGCAGCGUCCUGUGUUCCUUACUAACUUUUACUUAUUAACCGUGCCUAGCUGUGGCGAGAAAUGGGGCUGCAUUCCCCAAAUCACUUCUAAAGAGGUACCUUUCUCCAGAUGGAAUCAAAAUACCAUUCCCCCUCACCCCUCAGGUCCCACACUUGCUGUCACGGUGUCCCUGCCAAGGGACGUUGCUGUCCCACUAACACCAUCACCUCCUCCCUUCCCACUCAGAGCUGUGCUGGGGUUUGAACUAAAAAGCCAUAUGUGGAAGUUGACAUGUAUAAAAAGCACUUUCAGAAUGUUGUCCUUUUCAAGAAAAACCUAUCAAAAUACCAGUUUUUAUCCCCCAAAUAAAGAGAAUGAACUCAGAAUAUGAAGUGCAGAUUGUAACAUGGAGGUCUCCCCUCUGCACCCCACAACCCUCAAAGACAACCCAAAGGUUGUAUGAGAUUUAUGUUUUGUGCAUAAACAGCCAUAUGAAACUUGCAAGAAACACCAGGGAAAGUUUAGAGAUGUGUGGCAGUAAACCAAAGAACGAGCCAGGAAAGUCUCCAGUUUCCUUCUGAUCUUUCCAGGAGAGGGAAACGUGCUGUGUAAAUCCUGGAUUUCAACCGGUCCGAGGACUGGCGCUUUCUUCUCUCUGUGAGGCUUGUCCGAUUCUGGCUUUCGGUGGGUGGAUGAGAUGCUAGAAGACAUCUUGCAGACAGAAGUCAGUGUAGCCUCAGGCUGAGGUUCCUGGUGGGAAGAUCAAAACGAACACAGGACUGUUGUCCGGUUAGGGUGUGAUUACCAACCGUGUUGUGCUCUGUGUAUUUAUACUGUAUAUGUAGAGUCUAGAUUUAUAUACUGCAAUGUAAAAUACAUAAAUAUAUAUAUAUAUUUUCAUUUUUUAAAGACAAUGGAAAUUCCAAGUAGAUGCAACAUAGCCUCAUUUAUUUAAUGCCACUUUAAAUGUCUUAAAUUUGUUUCCUGAUAGAGAGCUGGGUAAUGCUCUUAGCUGCUCGCAUGCUUGUCUUUCUGCAUUUCCAUCAUCUGUUUACCUUUUGGUUAAACUAAUAAACUGGUUUGGGACUCGGUUGGCAUGUGCUGCUGCCAGACCCGAAGGGCAUGCGUCUGGAGUUGUUCAUCAGCUGGGUUCCAGAUGUGUCAGUAA